GAGUCUGGACCCAAGGUUUUGCUGACGUGGGAAGGGGAGGAGAGUCGGGAGGAAGGGGAGGGGAGAGCAUCGCAGAGCUGGGGAGAUUGAGGAGGCGCCCGCUGUUGCGGAGCUGCGGAGUGGGUUCCCUGCAGGCUCUCAGCACCGCGCCGGCCUCGACACCCGACUGGGCCAGCGGACAGUGCAUCCUUUAGACUCGGGCCGGCAGGGCCCCUGCGGUUGGCAAGCUGGCUCCCCGGGUGGCUACCGGGACCCCCGAGCCGAAUGGCGGGGGCGGCAGCAAAAUCGACAGCACUGUAGAGAUUACUCCCAGCACCAACGGGGUCGGGACCCUGGGAGAUGCGGUGCCAGCCGAGCAGCUGCAGGGUGAGCGCCAGCGCGAACGGGAGGGGGAGGGCGCGGCGGGCGGCGGCGGUCUGGGCAGCAGCCUGUCGCUGGCCGUUCCCCCAGGCCCUCUCAGUUUUGAGGCGCUGCUGGCCCAGGUCGGGGCGCUGGGCGGCGGCCAGCAGCUGCAGCUCGGCCUCUGCUGCCUGCCAGUGCUCUUCGUGGCGCUGGGGAUGGCCUCGGACCCCAUCUUCACGCUGGCGCCCCCGCUGCAUUGCCACUACGGUGGCUUUCCCCCCAACGCCACUGGCUGGGAGCAGCCCCCCAACGCCAGCGGCGUCGGUGUCACCGGCGCGGGGUUAGCAGCCAGCGUCGCCAGCCGCGUCGCCACUAGUACAGACCCUGCCUGUAGCGGCUUCGCGCCACCCGACUUCAACCACUGCCUCAAAGACUGGGAUUAUAACGGCCUGCCGGUGCUCACCACCAACGCCAUUGGGCAGUGGGAUCUGGUGUGCGACCUGGGCUGGCAGGUGAUCCUGGAGCAGAUCCUCUUCAUCCUGGGCUUUGCCUCCGGCUACCUGUUCCUGGGUUACCCAGCAGACAGGUUUGGCCGCCGUGGAAUUGUUCUGCUGACUCUGGGACUGGUGGGUCCCUGUGGAGUGGGUGGGGCUGCCGCAGGCUCCUCCACAGGGGUCAUGGCACUCCGCUUCCUCCUGGGCUUCCUGCUGGCUGGUGUUGACCUUGGCGUAUACCUGAUGCGCCUGGAGCUGUGCGACCCGACUCAGAGGCUUCGGGUGGCUCUGGCAGGGGAGUUGGUGGGGGUGGGAGGGCACUUCCUGUUCCUGGGCCUGGCCCUUGUCUCUAAGGACUGGCGGUUUCUGCAGCGAAUGAUCACGGCUCCCUGCAUCCUCUUCCUGUUCUAUGGCUGGCCGGGUCUGUUUCUGGAGUCCGCACGGUGGCUGAUAGUGAAACGGCAGAUUGAGGAGGCUCAGUCGGUGCUGAGGAUCCUGGCCGAGCGGAACCGGCCUCACGGGCAGAUGCUGGGGGAGGAGGCCCAAGAAGCCCUGCAAGACCUGGAAAACACCUGUCCUCUCCCUGCAACGUCCUCCUUCUCCCUCGCUUCCCUCCUCAACUACCGCAACAUCUGGAAAAACCUGCUGAUCCUGGGCUUCACCAACUUCAUUGCGCAUGCCAUUCGCCACUGCUACCAGCCAGUGGGAGGCGGAGGGAGCCCGUCGGACUUCUACCUGGGCUCCCUGCUGGCCAGUGGCACAGCAGCCCUGGCCUGUGUCUUCCUGGGAGUCACUGUGGACCGGUUUGGCCGCCGGGGCAUUCUGCUUCUCGCCAUGACCCUGACUGGCAUCGCAUCCUUGGUUCUGCUGGGCUUGUGGGACUAUCUCAAUGAGGCUGCCGUUACCACCUUCUCCGUGCUGGGGCUAUUCUCCUCCCAAGCAGCCGCCAUCCUCAGCAUUCUCCUGACUGCCGAAGUUGUCCCCACCACUGUGCGGGGUCGUGGCCUGGGUCUGAUCAUGGCUCUGGGAGCGCUAGGUGGGCUCAGCGGGCCAGCCCAGCGCCUGCACAUGGGCCACGGGGCGUUCCUGCAGCAUGUGGUGCUGGCCGCCUGCGCUCUCCUCUGCAUCCUUAGCAUCAUGCUGCUGCCAGAGACCAAGCGCAAGCUGCUGCCCGAGGUGCUGCGGGAUGGGGAACUGUGCCGCCGGCCCUCCCUGCUGCGGCAGCCGCCUCCUAACCGCUGCGACCACGUCCCACUGCUUGCCACACCCAACCCCACUCUCUGAGCAACCUCCUUGCGCCCUGGCGAGAGGCUGACCCCUACAGGAAAGAAGCCUGGGGCCCUACCCACCUCUUGGCAAGAUCAGGAUGACUGAACAAGGCAGGGCCAAACCGCCUCUCACCAGUGGUGAAGGGAGAGUUCAAAUGGGCUGUCCCCACUCAGUGUCCUCCCUGCUGCUUUGUGUUAAUUUCUGGGGCAAGGGUCAGGGGUCAGGGAGAGAGAUCCAUGCUGUCACCGCCAGGUCUGGGCUUCAUCCUCCCCAGACCGCAUUCUUUCUUGCUCUAUCAUUCUCUUUCAAUAAAGACAUUUUGAAUAAACAAGCAUAUCAUA